CUCUUCUUGAGCUUGAGGUAUUAGGUUUUAGGGAGAGAGCCCUAUUAAAUUUAGAAGUUCUAAAUUGUACUAACAAUGAAUGGACCGAAGGGUUGGGUGCAAAAUUUUUGAUGUUAACAUUCUACUUUAUUUUAGCAAAGCAAUAUUAUUUUAUUUCAAUCUCCAUCAUUACACUAUGUCAAAUAAAUCACAUGAAAACAGUGGACAUCAUGUAGAGGCUGAGAAGUUUCAAAACGAAACAGAGAUGCUCAGAGCGAUGUAUGACUUUGAGUCCACAAUUCCCCAGACAAUCAAUUUCAGCAAGGGGGACUUCUUUGUCUUGCAUCCUAGCGUCAACAAGCAGAGAAAUUGGUGGCACGUAAUCAGUGUCACCGGCCAAGUUGGUUACGUGCCUAAUAAUUAUGUCCAGACUGUAGAGGUUGGGUCAAAAUGUGUACUAGACUUCUUAAUUAAAUGUAUAAAGGCAUUGGAGAAAGAAAACCAAGUCCAAAGCAGCUCGAGACGGCAAGAUUUAAUAAACGAGUUGAAGAAACGUAGACACCAUUUAGCAAUGCGCAUUGCUCCCAGAGAUUCCCGAUCACCUGUGCCGCCACAAAGAGUAUCCUCAAGUCCAUCUACGCCCCGGUGCAGUAGUGCUCUCGCCUUCGCCUCCAACUCUCACACUCAACAUAACACGGAUAUAUUUUCCAAUCUGGGCAAAAACGCAACUUUACCAAAGAGCAAGAAGCGAGACGCUCCCAAAAAGCCAGUCAGGUCUGCAACCUCAGAAACCAACAAUCUUGUCAGUGGCACUAACACCACCGGAGAGCCAAGGGAUGAGUUACCAAGCUGUCCAAACGGGCAGAUUCUAGGCCACGACCCAGAGACAAUCUAUAGCCUUGUUCAGGAGGUGAGGAAGGCUACACAUCUCAACUAUGAUCUGUCCAAAGUCGCUAUCAAUGUAGUACUGCGAGGUCUGCUGGACCUUCUACCCUCCCCCUCUAGCCCUCACCUCUCAGCAAUACAAACACUGCUGGCAGGAGAUCUGAGCAUGCCUGCUGCAGUGAUUGAUAAGACUCAUGAUGCUCAACGACUGAGACUGGUGCUGCAAGAACUAGUCAGCUGCAAGGAGGAUGCCCAGCAAAGGUCUUGGGAACUGUAUGAGGAUGAAGCAGUUAUAUCAGAGUAUCUCCAUGAACUCAUAUCCAUUCUGGAAAAUGCAGACCCAGUUAUAUGCAGAAGAGUGCUGUCCAUGAAUGGUUAUGAUGAAGUCUGCACACUGCUGCAAUACUAUCAAAUGGAGGUGCGUUGGCCUAUCAGACAGUUGCUGAUCCAAGCAUUCUGUCUCAUGUGUUCUGUUCAUCCUCCAGUCAUUCCCAUUCUUCUCAACUCUGUUCUGCCUAUGGAACUUGCCAGAGACAUGAUGAGCAACACACGAAACAUUGACAGACUCACCAACUCUUCUGCCUUGCUCACAAGGAUAUUUUCCACGGGGGAAAACAUGCCUGUCACUCACCUGGAACAUGUAGGACUUGAGUUUGUGACGUUUCUUCUGGCAUUCAUCGAGGAGCCUCCAGAGACAGACUCGGACGAUGUCAUCCCCGACACGUUCCUGCGUGUUGUGCUUGCCUACAACUUGCAAUUCCCCUUCCACUCCAGUACCAACCUUGUCCUGGAGGCUUUAGCAAGAAGACACAACGCCAAGGUGUUCACAGAGAAGAUCCUUCUGAUACUUAACCGAGAGGAAGACCCACUUAGAACGUACACAUCUUCACCGUCUGCGAAAAAUCCAAUGUUCAAGAUGUUCUAUGAUUUGUUCAGCUCAGACAAAACCGCAGCUCUCUUUUACACCAAUGACAUCAAAGUGUUGAUUGACAUCGUUGUUAGACAGCUGACUGAUCUGUCUCCAGGAGAUUUGCGCCGCUCGGAGUAUCUGAAACUGUGCCGAAUGGUUCUGCGCAACAGCAACUACUGUGAAUACAAGCAUCGCCUCUCAGAUCUGCAGAAGUGCUUCACCAGGAUAUUCUGUGAAGAUACAUCGGCCUCUCAUAAUGAUCAAGCUCUUGUUCGGGAGAUAUCCAACGAGUUCCCUCAAUACUUCAAGGGUCAGAUUUGCAUCACUAAGCCACUCAUUAUCGGGAGUCUAUUGUAAAUAACGAAAAUUUGCAAGUAUGAAAGACGGACCAGUUGUAAAUUUAUGCUCAGAAUAAAAUAGAAUUUUUUUUCCUGAGAGAUGUUUCAUGGCUGUCUUAAGUUUUGUGAGUAGAUAACAGAAUGUAAAUGUAAAAAACUUAGUGUUAUGUAAAACCAGUUUUAAGGUUGAAAUGAAUUAAGAUUUUAAAAAAUUAUUUAAUUUUUUGAAGAUGAAAACAUUAUCACCUGUGAUAUUCUAUAGAGUAGCAGUGACAAAAAUAAUAAUGGCUGUCCAAUUAGCAAGUUAUCAAACAGUAAGAGUAUCCCUAUUACAUGGUGUAUUUUUGUAACCUGCAAGUCGGUGUCGUGGGAGUAAGAUAUAUAGAUGUUGUGACAAAUUUAUACAAGUUUUAAAUAAUCAGUUCAAUGCACACGUCAUAUAUUUCAAGCACUUAUUACUAUGUUAAGGUUGUAUAAUUGUGUUUGAAAUAGUUGAAUUUGAUGUUAUUCGCGAGUAUGUAAUGGAGUUGUACUGCAAUGUUUGCCUACUUGCAUUUUAUAAGACUUUUAUCUCUUGUCUAUCAGAUCUUCCAUAUGUUGAUAACGAUUUAUGUGAAUUGGUAAAGUUUGCAAAAAUAAUAAGAUCCAAGCAAAGCACCUAAUGAUUGAAAACAAUUUUACUGUAGAGGAUUAUACGAUUGCUAUGUAUAACUCCUGAAGAUGCUCAAAGUGAUAGGCUGCUUUUAGAGUUAGUUAUCCUAAAGUUUUAUAAUAUUAUAUCCCUUUAAUAAAACUAACUAUACAUACAUAUUGACAUUCAAUGAUUGGGAAGCAAGUAUAUAUUUAUGUUUUAAUAUAGCUAUAAUUAUUUAUAAUGAGGCAUUUUGCAUAUAAAUGUAUUGUUGAUUCUAUAAUAAGAACAUUAUAUUAUGUACUAGGUGUCCAAAACCAUUCAUGCUCGUAUUAUAAAUACAGAACCUUUAUUAACGCCAGAGGUGCCCAUCCCUUUAAGGCCAGAAGCACAAAUCUCCCCUCCCCUUUUCUUACAGCACCUUUCCCACGCCAAAAAUAACAUUUCAAGGAUUUAAUAAUACAGUAGAACCUCGAUAAGAAGUGUCCUAAGGGGUUUAGAAAAAUAAAUGUGUUAUCGAGGUGCUCGUCUUGGUGAGAGUUGUGUUAUUAAGGUCAUUUUGACCUGUAGCCGUGUCAUCAAGGUUAUUAAAAGCACUGAGCAUCUUUAUAAUGAGUAUUUCAGAGCUUAUGCAAACACAUAAUUGCAUUCAAAUCAUAAUGAUAUAGUGAAGAACUAAUAAUAUUGUGUGACCAUUUGAAAUAGGUUAUAAAAUAAAAUUUAAUUACAAUAAAAAACAAUAUAGUUUAAAUUGUUGAAUCGUACAAUAAUACAGUACUGUACAUACAUUAGGCUACCAGACAAAAAAGUCAUUUAUUUUAGUUUGCUUUGCCUUACUUACGUAGCUAGUCCAAGGCACUAUCAUUUACAGUUAUCGAUUUAACAACAAUUUCACAUAUGGGUAGAUCGUUCUUCUUUUAGAAAAACACUUCAAUACUUUUACAGCGUUACGUGCGUCUUUGCACGACGGGCCCGGUAGAUCAACACUGUCUUCAUCAGCUUUGUCCUCGUCUGAUCCUGGUCCCUCGACUUCACCCUGGUUUUCAAGAAUUUAUUCAACAAUGUCUGAAUCUUUUAGUUUUACACAAAUCUCCACAUUGUCGUCCAAGGUCACAAACUCUUCAAACUCCAAUCCUUUGACAUUGAGUGACACGGUAACUUGCCGCCAAUCUGCUGGACUUACGUCUUCUACUUCUGUCAGUGGUGCUGGCAUAAUGUCAAUGUCUGGGUCAUCCGUAGUUUCUUGAGAGACUUUAAAGCCACAUUUCUUAAAGCAAUUAGCGAUGGUAUUUUCGGAGAUGUUGUUCCAAGCUUUGCUGGUCAUCCACAUUGCAUCGAGAAUGUUAAUUUUCAGUGGCAUGUCUUCUAAAAUGUUAAGGUAGAGACUCACUAAGCCCUUUCGGUACAAAACCUACCUUAAAGUUUUUUAUGAUUCAUUGGUCAUGGUUUAGACAGGAUUACCGCACAACAGACGCACAAAACAUUCGCAGCUCACAAGCACAAAAAACAAUAUUAGACUUGAGACGAAACAAUGAUAAUCAAUAAUACAGUAAAGCGCAAUGAAUAAUUGCCACUGAUCUGUUGGAAGAUAAAUGAUGUUCUGAAAAAUAUGUGUGUGGUAGGUUCGCAUGGAGUAAGGUUAUCUUAUCGCUAGUUGGACUAUCUUGUUUCCUCCAGAACAUCCGUUCUGACAAAUUCCCAUGGGAACUGUUUCAUACAGCUAUGUAGAGUCGUGUUAUCAUGGUUGACUUCACUAAACCUCGUACAUACACAAAAAACGUAAAAAUGGCCAAAACUAUUAAGCCUUGAUUCGGAGGCUUAAUUUAAACAAAAUGAAGUAUAUGUGUGUAUAUCUGAAUUUGAACGGAUGGUGUUUUAGGCAUCUAGUGACUUCAAAACAAAAAGUAAAUCGGUCCUGUGUCCUACCAUGAGACCUACAGUAAUAGCCUUUUAUAAAAAAACAGCUCAUCUGUCAAUAUGAAAUGUUUAUUAUGAACAUUUGUUUUCCUAUAGAUAGUAAACUAUGGGGACAAAGAAAAAGUCUUGAUAUUGAAAUGAUGAUAUGAUUAUGCUUAUGAACUAAUUUGCUACUGGUUACUAUAAUUGUAGUGCCUGAGCACUAUAAAUGUAAUUCUGCGCUCCCCUCAGUAACAUUGCCUUGGUGUGAGCUCAGCAAUCGGCAGGGAAAGUGGUUAUUGUCACCACAUGUAGUGCCAGUUUCAUAGGUCAUUUUGGUGCAAUUCGUUUUCGUAUCACUCAUUUUUGUAUGUUAUCGUGUCAGUCAUUUUUGAACAGUGUAUUGUGGGGUUUUGGCUUACAUUUAGGGACACAAUAGGAUAAUGAUAAUGACUGUAGUGUAGCAUUGUGGAAAGAUUCUAACCUCAAAACUGUGCAAGAUUCUUUUUUUGCGGUAUUUUUGUGGUUCAUCUGGUUAAUAAACCCCUGCUUUUUCCCUCCAUUUGGCAAUACUGAGGGCCUGUGAACACUUUAGUUUGCUGCUAUCUGAAAACUACGUCCACACUGACAGGAUUGCAGUGCAUGCUAUAAUAUGUCUCUCCUAUUGGAGUGGCCAGCCGCAGAGAAUUUGGGAGGAUCUCUUCACCCAAACCAGAAAUUAUUAAAUACUCUAGCCACAAACAGACAAAAGCAAGAUCAGUUAGCCACUAUGGAACUGGAGAAAUCAAACUAUUUUUCUCUGUUUGCCCUUUAAAAACUGUGGUUGUCUCUAUGCCCACAUCAUAAUAUGUCUUCAUGAAAGUAAUCCGUGAUUUCGGCCCUAUCCAGAUCAUCCCCCAAUGAAUACAGACCUUAUAAAUAUAUCUUAUAAGGUGUGUAUUCAUUGUCAUCGUGGUGAAAUUGAGAGCAUCUCUCACUUCACAACAGUGAAUACUGUGACAACGGCAACAUCUCUACAUUCCCCUGAGGCCGCGAGGACAUCAUUAUCCUUUCCCGUAAUUGUGGCAACAUCUUGUCACAAAGACAUCAUCAUCGUCUCUCAUAAUUGUGGCAAUAUUUGACAAUGGCCCAUGGUGUUGAAGACAUCAUCAUCGCAUUUGCGAUUAAAGAAUUAAAACUUUAUUGUGGGGUUUUGGCUUACAUUUAGGGACACAAUAGGAUAAUGAUAAUGACUGUAGUGUAGCAUUUGGGACGGGUGGCGUCGUCCUGUAAUCCAGCUACUAGGAGGUCACGAAUUGUGGAUAUUUAUAGGGAUGCACUGUGGAUGCGAUGCUCCCUGGUGUGGAUUAACGUCCGCACUAGUGAGUACUACGACUAUCCGCAGUACUAUCCUGAUAAUUAGACCAAUUCGUAAAUUACAAGGAUAAAUGUGGUUCGGAUUCCACUAUAAACUGUAGGUCCCUUAGUUGCCAUUAGCUGUUUGGGCUAUUAAUUAACAGCUGUGUCUAAGGAACAUGUCGGCCUUAGUCACUAACAAGACUACAAGAUCGCGCCACUCAUCCUACACUCAUCCUACACUCAUAUUUGGGUUAAAAUACUCACAUAGUGGCGUCCCCAUCUUAACUAAUUGAUAAUUGAUUGAUUGAUUGAUUGAUUGAAAAGCAUCCUUUGCAAUCGCAAAGACAUCAUUUUGUUGCGACAAACUUUAAGCAAAUUUUAAAUUUGUAUAGCCUAGUCCUAUGUAAGUUCUAAUAGUAGGUCUAGUCAGUGCAUGGUCUAUCGCCAUUGUAUUUUGUCAAUUAUUUUAUUAUUUAGACCUAUUGAUUUAUUUAUAGUCUCUAGUCAAAUUUAAUGUAACCUCCUUGGUUAUUUUCUAUUUAGUCUGUUAUAUAUUUAUUUCAAGUUACCAAUAAAAUCUAUGUCUUAAUCAAAUUAUGAAAAGCCGAAAUUGUGUUGCAAGUGUUAGUAGUGUGUACGAAUUUAACAGAAAAUUGUUUAGGAUUACUGAUUAUAAUACCUUACAGACCAUCAAUGAAAAUUGUAAAUAUAAAAUUCCCCCCCCCCCUCCCAAAAACUCCUAGUGGUGUAAGUGUGUCUCUGGACACCCUGAUUAACACAAACACAGUAGGAUUCAUUUUUCUUAUGAGAGAUAGACUUGUAUUUGAAGAAACUGAAUAAAAUGCUGAUGGAAACUUAGAAAUUACAAUUUACACUUUUAGUUUCCUGUAAAACAAAAUAGAGUAUAGCACGAAAUCUUUCUAGAAAAUUUUAAAUUAUUAUUGUAGUAUUAUAUGUUACUGUACAAUGUCCAUAAGUAUAAAACGCUAGGAGAUAAAUUCUUCAUGGCCCAUGAGAUUAUUUAACACAUUAUUAUUAAAACAUUUUUUAGACAAUUUAUGAAAUCACUUGCGGUGGAUGCAUGCCUAAAAACAAGAGGGAAAUUUGAAAACCGUUACAGUUUGUAAUUACGUCCAAGCUUAUGUAUAUAUUUUUGUUAAUAUCAGAAACCAAAAUUUCCUGACUAAGAUCAGAUGUUUAUGGCUAAACUAGCGAACCUGGUGCUUGAAAUCGUGCACAAUCUAGACAUAGGAGAAGAAGGAUUUGUAUUAUAUUGAAUAUUGAUCUUUAUCUAUUCUGCGUUUUUGGGUAUCUUGUUUUUGUUGUAAAGCUAAAGAUGGUAAAAGGCCUGAGUGAGUUUGUAGUUUACAAGCCCGUUUUUGCAGUUUUUUUGUGAAAGUCAGUAAGAGAUUCUCUUCUGAUUAACGGACGAUAACCUAAAUGAUUAAGCCAAGGCCCCUCGUUCCCACCACCACCCCUGGCAUAAGUCUGGGACUUAUUUUCCAGGCCACAUUCGGUAAAAAAUAUUUUUUUCUUCUCGGGCUUCGGCCACUUUCAAUCCUCGUCCAGACACACCUUAUGUGUCCAAAACCCUAACAGCACAAUGACUCCCUUCCCCCUACCGCCCUGAGCAAUACGGAUCAUUUUGAUUCAGUCUAACCUUUUCCCUCCCCUUAACGGGAAUGCUUUCAUUCCUUUUCUUUCAUUGUUUUUGUUUCUUUCUUUUUUUCAAUUUAAAAGCCUACUUUCCUGAAGGUCUCAAUUGUUUCCAUGUCUUUCAUCAAGUUUGAUUUUCUCCACUCUAGACCUUUCCUAUCCAAGACUUCUUCCUGUUCUCUCCUAUUUGCCUCCUGAAGUGGACACCAAUACUUCACAAAUUCAUCUUAAAAUUGUCCAUACUUUUAAAUUCUUUUCUUUGAAAUGGCGACCAUACGAAAGUAUGUUCAGUGACAAAACGGUGUUUAAUAAUGACCCAUCUCCCAAUCAUGUUCAAGCUUCCUUCUGAUGUUUGGCAUAUAUCCGAACGUUUACCUUUAUUCCUCACUCUGCUUCCAGCGCAUUUGCCACUCAUCUAAUGUCUCCUCUCUUCUGGCACUCUUGAUUUUCGAUGUAGUCCUACCAGCCUCCUUGUCUUCCAAAAUUCUAAUCCUUUCUUCAAUGAGCAGGUCAAGUAGUAUGGCUCCGGUAAAACCCUAAUAAUAUCAUGCGAUACUGGGUUGUAUAAUUUCCCUACUUUCAAUCAAACUCUUCUUUGCAUACUCAUAAGUUUCCUGUUCAAUCUUAUCUUCCCAGCAUCCUUACCCAAAAACUCACAUCCCUACAGCAUUGCUGGCUCAGUACCCUUUGUACAGCGUCAUCAAAUUCUUCCCAGUCCUGCCUCUAUUGGCUCUGGUCUGUUCUAUUAAUUUUGCGAAGACUCCUUUCAUUUUUUUGCACAUUUCCUCCAUAUGUUUUUCAAAAGUCAUUUCUUUACCUACAGUAACUCCUUAAUCAAGCCUGACAACAUAUCAUUUUCCUGUUUCCUGUUUAAAACAACAUUGUCGUUUUCUAGAAAUGUGCCCAUCCUAUUUUCCGAUAUAAUCAAAAAUUCUUUUAGGAGAUGAAAAACAUGCUUAAAACUAAUAUAACUUUCUGAUCAUUAUUCUUUAUCAUAAAUAAUCAUACAGAAGAAUGCAGAUUCCCUUACAAUAGAUGAAAUAGGAUAACAAAUUAUUGUUCUUUCGAUAUUGAAAUCCCCCACUCAUUAAAUAAUAUCCUGUGGUUUAGUUUCAGUAAAAUAAAUAUCUUAAAAAUCACAACAAAUAGUGUAGCUGCUGUACUGUUGUAAAGUUGACUUUCAAAUUCAUUGAACCUUUAUAAAAGUGUUUUGCAGUGCCAGUGAAACUCAAAUUUUUUAACAACAAAAAAAACAAGAGUACAUUUUAGAGAAACUCUACCAAAAAUAUGUAUUGUACAAACUCUAUUUUCAACCCACGCUAUAAAUAAAAUAUGUGAUUGGAAUUUCGUCCAUUUGCUUUGAUUUUCUCUUUGUAUUUUGUUAUUUUGUUACCACAACCCAUAAGGCCCAUGUUAAUUUUUUUAAAUUAAUAUUUUGUGCUUAUUUUUGUAAGUUUUGCAAAAGUUUUUUAGUAUAUAAGAUACUAGCUGUACCCGCGGGCUUUGCCCUGUUUAACUUCAUAAGUGAGCUCGUUCGCAUGGCUCAAUCACGUCCUGCUUGAAGUUCGUUCGCUACGCUAACUCGCCUCCAGGUUGAAGUUCGUUCUCUACGCUCACUCACCUUUUGGUUGCAAAUUUGCUGUUGUCAUAAAUAAAAAAAAAUAAUAGUGCUGCACCCUGUUGGUAAUCCUUGUAACUUUAAUGCUAUUGAACAUCAUAGAACAGAACCGACUUGUUUAUUUUAAACAGCUGUUAAAGAUUCCUUAAUUCCAUUUAAAUAUGAGUACUCAUUAGGUUAACAUGGGAAACUCCAGAGCCACUGGGGGGAGACCGAGAGUCCGAUCAGAAUAAAAACAACUUAGUUUUCCUAUUUAAUGCCUAAAGAAUCAGUGUAACAAAUUUCAGCCUCCUAGGUAAAUGGGAAGUAAAAGAAUUAGUGAUGAGUGAGUGAGUCAGUGAGGUCUUUGCCUUUUAUAUAUAUAGAAGAUGGAUUAGAUAGUUUUUUUUUUUUUUUUUACUGCUAAUAUCAGCAGCCAACCUCUCACUAAUUUGUAAACCCUAUGAUUUAUAAACCCAUGGAAAAGUCAUAGUUAUGUUUGUGUUUGAAUAGAACAAGUCGGCACUAGAUUGUUUUGACAAGGUUUUUUCUCUAAUUCACAACUGAGUAAAUUGGAUAUAUUUUAGUCAACUUGACAUCAAAUUUAACCUGAAGUUAUUAUAUUCUUUUUUUGUCCUAGGACGCUAGGCACGAGCCUGGGAUUGUUUUUCACAUUACAUCAGGCUAGACCUAGGGGUUGCGGCAUUAUCACUUAGAUAAAAUCCAUUGGUGACUAGGCGGGGAUCGAACCAGGGACUGAAGUCCCGCGCUCUAACCACUAUGUGGGGGGGGGGGCCAGCUCGCUCCCCCGAAGUUAUUAUUUUAACAGAAAGAACUGCACACUUUUCACCUCUGAUCUGUUAAGGUUUUGAUCAAUUUGUUGUUGAAAUAAAAGUUUGUCCUUAUUUUAAAAGGAUGGAUGGUUUUCGACAUCUACUGCUUUAACAUGUUACAAUCUUAAUGUUUAUGGCUAAAUAUUGGUUGUUUGCUGCUAACAGAUCAUUCAAAUAAACUUUCCAUAACAUGUUUUUAGUCAUAACUUUUUAAAUGUAGUCCUAAUAACAAAAAUUACACAAUAUUUUAUUUACAAUAAUAUCCUGUAUCCAUUCAAAAUUUGUCAUUCAUCUAUUCAAAGGCUUAAUUUACCUGUGUACUUUAAAAAAAAAAAACACUUAUUUGUACAUUUGCGUUUUUGUAAAUGUAGGUCUACUGUAUUAUUUAAAUUGAAAGUGUAUAAGUUUUGCCAAUCAAUAAAACAUACUGAAUAAUAAUUUAUAUUUAUGUGUAUAUUUAAGGACAA